AUGUCGAUUCCUAUUACUAGUAGUUUAUGUUUAAAUCAAUUAAGAAAGGUUGCACUUGAAGCAGUCAAGAGAGCAUGCGUAGCAUGUGUUGAAAUACAAUCAUCGUUGGUCAAUGACGAAACCAUCAGCAAGAAUGACAAGUCUCCCGUCACUGUCGGAGACUACACUGUGCAAGCACUGAUCAUCGACGAGCUAUCAAGAAUGACCAAAGAGAUGGACGGAUCAACUGAAUACGACUUUGUAGCAGAAGAGGAUGCCGACACACUCGCUCAACAACCACUCGUCCAAGCAAAGGUGUUGCAGUUCUUUAAGCAGUUUGCACAACAAGAUAGAAAGUCUACGAUCGACGAGACAGAGUUGUCGGUUGUCUUGGACAAGGGACGUAUCAAGCAACCUGCUACAAAGAGAUGGUGGACUUUGGACCCGAUCGAUGGAACGUUGGGAUUCUUGCGUCGCGAUCAGUAUGCUAUUGCACUUGCACUCAUGGAGGACAAUGAACCUGUCUUGGGUGUGUUGGGAUGCCCCUCGUUGCCAUUGGAAACACACAACCCAUCCUCACCAAAGGGUUGCAUCUUUGUUGCUCAGCGAGGAAGAGGUUCCUUUAUGAUCGCAUUGGGCAGUGACGCUGAACAACAAAUCAACGUCUCUUCCAAAUCAGAUCCAUCGCAAGCAAUCUUUACAGAAAGCUUUGUAUCAAGAGGUUUUGGUCAUGAAUUAAACAAAAAGAUUUCAACUCAUAUGGGUGUAACUAAAGAUGCUUUAAAGAUUGAUAGUCAAUGUAAAUAUGCAAUGGUAGCAAGAGGUGAUAGUGAUGUCUAUGUUAGAUUAACCGACGUCAAUUACAAGGAAUGUAUUUGGGAUCAUGCAGCAGGUCAGAUUGUGGUAGAAGAAGCUGGAGGUAUUGUCAGAGAUUUCAAAGGCAACAAGUUGGAUUAUUCUGUUGGCAGAUUAUUGUCAAAUAAUGUUGGUAUUGAUAUAGGAGUAGCACAAGAUAUGGUAACUUUUUUUAAAAUAGUUCAUUUCCAUCUUGGUAAAACACAUAUCACUUUUAAGUUUGCCAUUGGUGGUGGUGUUUAG